CAAACAAACAAAAUGAAGCUGCUAUCCAUAAGCAACUGUUGCAAGUAACAAAAAAGAAAGACGAGUCUUAUACAGCUUACAUUUUUCGCGUGAACGCCCUUGGUACUACGGGAAAUGUGAGCAACGAGGGGAUAACAACUUACGUCAUCCGAGGACUAUCGCGCGAUCCUAUGUACAACAAUCUUGUGGCGAAAGAGUACAAAGACAUUUACGAUCUCAUCGGCCAUGUGAUGCGGUGUGAGAUGCAUUACCAAAUGCGUGAGCUUCCAGCUCCCAUGCCUCGCAUGCUACCAGCUAAUCGCUUUACAUCGACACCAUCUGUGAAUACAAAAACACAGCCAGCCAACAAGCGUGAAGAAGUGCGUUGCUAUAAUUGUUCCAGUUUCGGCCAUUAUUCCAACCAAUGCCGAAAACCUCGCCAGCCAGUCCAAUCAUGCUUCCUGUGUGGUGAUCCUGACCAUAAAAGACAGGAAUGUCCGCGAGUAAGCCAUCGAAUGCCUGCUGCAGUAUUUGCGCCGUGCGAUCAAGAGAUUUUUACAAGCCAACAACCAAAUGAAAGCAACACAUUGAGAGGAUAUUCGCAACCACAAUCACCGCUUUACUCGAUCAAUGAUGGUUCGCGUCGUAAUCAGUCGGUAGCUGUUGCAGUUGAGGACAAUUAUCGUGACGAUAGUGGAAUUCACCAUGCUGAAAGAGGAGUUAGAAUAGAUCCAGUUCAAGAGCCAUACAAGUUUUCUUAGCGAGCAGCUUGUGCCAAACCAUAAAUUUAAUCCUCGGCUGU